UCAAGGAUCGUGUGUUUUACGAAGAUGUCUCUACUCUGGAUCGUGUUAUUUCUUCAAAUUUUUCCAGCCCACGCUGAGGAUUUUAACCAAACGUCGGUUGUCUGGGUGAAGUCUGGAGGACGUGUGUCUCUGAACUGCACGUUUCGAAAAAAACUCAGUAAAGAACUUAUGGUUUGGUACAAGCAACAAUUUGGUCAGAUGCCUCAGGAAGUGGGGAAAACAACAGCACUGAUAGACACCCAAACUUCACCUGAGUUCAGCUCAAGAUUUAAAGUAGAUGAAAUCAUGAAUGGAAUUUCUUUAACAAUUCUACAAACAAAGAAACCUGAUGAAGGAUUGUAUUUCUGUGGCAUAUAUAGCUGGGGCCAUUUUGAAUUUUCCAAUGGAACAUUUGUAGCUGUGACAGAUGAAAAAGAUGUAAAAGUGAGUGUGUGGCAGCGCGGCGUGUCGGACUCGGUUCCUGCAGGAACCUCAGUGACUCUGCAGUGCUCGGUUCUCUCUGAGAGCAGAGCAGCAGAACUCCAAGUGCUCUGGUUCAGAGCUGCUCCACCACAAUCCCAUCCUCAAAUCAUUUACACUCAUCACAACAGCAGCCAUCAGUGUGAGAUCGACUCUUCUACACACACCUGUGUGUACAACUUCUCCAAGAACAUCCUCAGCCUCAAUGAUACUGGAACUUACUACUGCGCUGUGCUCCUGUGUGGGAAGAUCGUCUUCGGGAACGGGACACGAAUACAGAUGGAUCUGAAGACUCUCACUGAGCAACAUUUCAAUGGAUCCGAUGCUGUAGUGAUCUGUCUUGUUGUAGCUUUGACAGUGUCUGUGAUUAUAAAUUCUGCUCAAGCUUUUUCAUCCUGUAAAAAACGACGCACAGAAAAACGUCUACAAGGUGCAUCGAAAGAGCGAACGCAAAAACAGGGCCGUGAUGCCGAGGAGCUGAAUUACGCUGGCCUGAAUUUCACUGAGAGGAAAACUACAAGUGGAAGAAUAAAAAGAGGACAAAAUCAAGAUACGGUUUAUUCUGAAGUGAUACUUAGAUAAAUGUUAAUAGUAAUAUUAUUAUAAUUUAAUCUCUCCAAGGCGGAGAGUUCAUACUGUAUAAACUUCAUCAGAGCUUCAUGUUGAGGAAGCAUUUCAUUAUAAUUUGUUAAACUCGCCAUUAUGAAUGAUGAUGAAUGUUUUUUUUUUCCUAUGUGCAUUUAUAAAGUGAAAGAAAUGGUGUGUUCUGUUUAAUUAUGAGCGAGGGCGAGGGAUCAAAAACGAGAAAAGGAGAGAGAGAGA